AUGACCGAAACACCAACAGUCAACUCGCGGCGGCCCGUCAACACGUGCAUGAGAUGCCGUCGUCUCAAGCUCAAGUGUGAUCACGGCAGGCCCUGCCAGGGUUGCGUCAAGUCGAGCACCGUCGCAGAGUGCCAGUACACUCCCGUACAACGUGAAGACCGUUCGUCCCCAGAGUCUGGCUACCACUCGCCUCCCCCAGAGCGUAAGCGCAGACGCGCGGUGCGUGUCUGUUCUCGCUGUCGCCGUCUCAAGCUCCGUUGUGACCAAGGCAAGCCCUGCGCUUCGUGCGUCGGAGCAGGCGCAGUGGAAGAUGGCGAGUGCGUCUACAUGCGUUGGCCUGGCGAGGAGCCCAAGGUUGGCUCCACCCCACAGGAUAUUCAAGAGCUCCAGCAACGCAUCAAGCUUCUCGAGUCGCAACUGGCAUCCAGUAACCAGUCUUACCUGAGCCCCGACAGCAUGUCCCACCACAGUCACGCCAGUCAGUCGGGCGCUUCAGUCCCGACCGGCCACUCGACCGCGUCGCACGAUCCCCGUGUGCCGCACGCGCAAGACCUAGACAUCCCAACGCUCCUCUCCCUGCUCCCGCCACCUGAGGACUGCCGUCGCCUCCUCAAGUUCUUCCUUAGCUUUGACCUCUUGUUCCGGCUUGUCCACACGCCCAGCUUCCUCCGACAGGCCGAGACGGUGAUCACGGCCAUCGAUGUUGCACACUCGCAAGAUUCUCCCACUACAUCGCGCACAAUCAGCCGCGCCCUCAAUUUGUCAUUGGGCUCGGGUGCUGCCUCGGCGAUCAACUCGUCUGCCCAUGGUGCCGACUCGGUCGACUCGGAGCCCAUUGGCGGCCUGGAUAACAGCAACCUACCUACCAUCGCACUUGUCAUUGCUGCCAUUGUGUGCGGCGCGACCAUCGCACCCCAGUACCACGCGAGCCCGCAAGACGCUCGCUGCUCCGAAGGCCACCUUCGACUCUUGUUGUGGACGGUCCUCAGCAUGUGCGAUUGCAAGUAUCAAGGUGUCUCGCAGAUCGAUUACGUCCACGCACACGUGCUGUCCAUCUACACCAACCACGCCGGCCGCGGCGGCGGGCCCCAAAAGUGCUGGCUUGCGUGUGGGCGCGCAUACAAUGCGGCUCUGCUCUGUGGCAUCAACAAGGAGGACCGCGUCGUCAAUGAAACUCAGUUUGAGCGGGAGAUGAGACGCAGGCUCUGGUGGCAUAUCCUGCAGACCCGGCAUUUCGUUGCCGACCGUCUGCGUGUCGAAAUCGAGCACGAGAACCACAACGUUCCCAGGCCACUCAACCUCACCAACGCGCAACUGGACAUACUUGCUUUGAACCCACAAGCAACUGUCUUGCCAUCUCCGCGGGAUAUUCUCACCGAAUGGUCGUACGUUGACUCAAAACUGGACGUUCUCGUCAUGCUGCAACGCCGUGACAAGAUCAUGGCCCGAACCGAUAUUCCCCUCGUGGACCGACUCGCCGCAGCUACCAUGGUCGUCGAGGAGUAUACCACCGCGCGCCCGCUUCACCAGCAAGGCCAAGCCUCUGUGGCAGCCAAUCUCCCGUCGUGGGCACAAAUGCAGGCUCACGUGAGCGACAUUGCCUGCGCCGAAAUGACGGUGCAUUUGUACCGACCCCACUUUGGUUCCACCGAUAUGGCGUCCAACGGCGUCUCGAUUGGCGCCUAUGCUCUGACGCGCGGCGUGCAGGCGACCCAAGAACUCGUAAAGAGCGUCAAGGCGCUCACCCAAAGCGUCGUCUUUGGCUGGCUAGACUUGGACACGCCAAUCUUUGCACUUUGGACCUGUGGCAUGCGCGGUUUCACAGCCGGCCUCGUCCUCGCAUUCUCGCUCAUUGCCGACCCAGAAAACCCGUCCGCCGCCUCCCAGAUGGCCGACUUUGAAGCCAUGAUCGGAAUUCUUCGUUCGCGGCGUUCCCUUCCUGGUACGGCCGAAAGUAACGAGCGCGCCCUGGCUACCCUCGAGCAGCUGCGGCAAAUCAUCAAGGCCAAGGACCACUCGGUCCACGACCUCCUCGACCCGUACACGGGCAGGGCCGUGGACAUGCCCCUCUUCAUUCCGGACUUUGCCGUUGUCGAGUGGGUCGAGUGGGAGACUCUUUUCCAAGACCUGUUCCAAGAUAGUACCGCUGUACCAGCGUAA